AUGAAGAUAAUUCAAUUUUUCAAUAUAUCCGCGACACAAAUAAUUCUGAUCGCUAUUAAUUGCGUCUUGGCAUCCGGUGGCGCUUUAGUAUUGUACGUGGGCAUUUACUUGCGACAUGCCGGCUGGGUUGACGUGAUAGAAGGUUACUGGUCGAGAUUCGACGACGCCGUGACGGCUCUCAUUGUAAUUGGAGCCGUUAUUAUCAGUCUAGCCGUGCUAGGGUCCAUUGCUGCGGUCUGUCGAUGGAGAUUCGGUCUCUGCGCGUACGCUAUUCUGGUGCUAUUAUUUUUGAUCUUGUUCACUGUCGUAGCAAUCGCUGCUUUCGUCCUCAGGGCGAAAGCUGAUGACUGGAGCGAUAAAAUUUAUCCGGUGGAGAGCACAGAGGAGACUGUGAAAGAAGACUUUGAUCAGGUCUAUUGCUACGCGCAAGGCGUGUAUAUGUGCACUGAGGCGACGGUUGCAGAAGCGCUGAUCAUGUUCGAUGUUGAGCUCGACACGGUGACGAUGGCACGGAUUGCUAACGUGGCGGGUGGCGUAGCCUCGUUGUGUAGCGAUUACCUCAGUGAUAAUAGGCAGCUUGAGAGUCUUUGCUUUGGAUGUGACACUGUGCGCGAGUAUGAGAACUACACAAAUGUAUUUGAUUGGGCAGACCGUCAAUGUCCAAGAACCAACGACACUCUCAUCUUUUGCGGACAGUUUUUGGUAACAGGUUCAUUGUCGAACAUUGUUGUUGGAACAGCACCGUACACGCAGUGUCGCGCCGAAUUUCUGGACCUCGUCAAGCACUAUUCGUUGCACAUGGGCAUCGGCAGCGUCCUCGUGUGUCUUGGUGCGCUCAUGAUCAUUGUCAGUACUUGUAUUCUGCGUCGUCGUGAGCACCAUUUCCGCAAUCGUGAUAAUUCGCUUCAUGAUCCAGUCACCCCGUCGGAGGAACAUUCUCAUCAGUACACCAAGGCGUAG